CCAAAACCUCAUUACUUGCACAUGAAAAAAGACAACACAUCAUCAAAAAUGGCGUCUGAGAUGGCCGACGCAAAACCGAAUCGAACCGAUGACGUCGAUGUCGUUGCGCUUGCGAUUCCAAAAAAGCUUCCUGUGAACGAUUUGUCCGAUGCACUGGUGUGCUACGUCGAACUACCAGAAGACGAUACCCAGCCGCUCUUAGUGUCGGAGAUACGAACGGAAGCAGCAAGGGCGAAGAGGGUCCCGCCCGAGCACAUCGUGCUUAUUGAUGGACGUACGUCCACUCGGGAAUUACUCGAGGAUGACUCGGCAGCGUUCUUUGACAUCGGCCCUCCUCCACAAGCUGGCCCUGCUCCACAAGAAGGCGUGUCCCGAGUUCCGAGCACCGAGCAGAUGUUAGACUCGCGCCAGCAGCCGCAGCCGAAAGAAUCUCGAGCAGGGCAGCCUCAGACUACCAGGACCGUCACAGAAGCGGACUUCCAUGAUCAUCCCGAUGCGAAAAGAAGGAAACAAAAUCCGACAUGUGAUUCCAGCAGCAGCAGCAGCCACAAUUUCGCAGUCGGCGGCAUUGGUCUUGGUGUCCUCUCAAGGGCCAGCUCAAACGUUUCCGAGUGCAGCUCGUUUGGAGCGGUUAGUGGAGAACAAGAAAGCGAGCAAGAUCAUGAAAACGAAGCACCUUUUGUGUAUGCGAUAGUGCACCAAGAGAAGCAGGAGGCUCUGGCAGAAGCGCAAGCGUUGUUGAUAGGGGACGACGUCCUGGCUGUAGACGAUAACUGGGAAACUGAUAUCGACGCUUUUUUUGAGAAGUUCCCAGAAAUCGCAGGACACGACCUGCCGACGACAGCAGCACUAGUGGAUCGCGUCAGUCAGGAGCUUAUGUUGCGCCUCGGAGUGCCCGUCGGCGACGUCGCGGACGUCGUUUUUCGAAAGUCCUCAGCAGCACUAAAAGCAAACAAAAGAUUUUUGUUGCGCCUUUUCACUCAAGCAAGAAAGGGCGUAUCCGAGGUACGUAAGUACGUACUUAUUUCGUUGUUCCUGCUGUAUUUUAUUUUUACUGUUAGCGGAUGGAGUGACGAAUCUCUUCUUCCCACUGAUGCUCGCUCCUGUGUGAUUUCCAAUCGUGACGUGAAUUUGUUGUUGCCGUUGCCAUCAAACCGCUGCACAAGCAUGAAGAUGAACAUGAACACCAACACGAGUAUUCAAAAACAAAUUGAAAAACCCCGCGAAACUGAAAAUAAAUACAACAGCUUUAUAACAUGCUCUCCGAGGAGCAAUGCGACGACGACGAAUUGGUAGCGCUAGCCGUCCGGAUGCAUGAGGGGGCGUUUUUGAACGCAAGCCAACGCCUCCAGCAACGGCCGCACAUCGUCCUUGAGGCCUUGGACAGCGCAAACCAGAGUAGGCCGCAGGACGGGGGCGAAGUCUUCACGCGGCUGUCUGAAGACAUUCGCAGCGAUAAGUUCUUCGCGCAGGACGUGUGGCGCCAUAGGCAUAGCUCCCAUCUCAUUCCCGAACAAAAUCCUCCGCGGACGUUCCUCGACUACUUUAGCACCUCCCUUCUUGAGGAUGAAGACGUCCUCGUCGCGUGUAUAACGCGCGACCUGCCAUUCGAAAACAUGCCGUCGCCCCUCUUGCUGCGGCGCGACUUUGUAAUGGAUCACGUGCUUGGGACCCUGUGCGAGGAUUCCGAUCGGGUGGAAAGCUUCUUCUCCUGCGAUACCUGUGCGUGCUACCGAUCGGAUCGGGAAAUAAUGCGCGAACUCAUCAGAGCAGACGGUGCGAAUUUUCGCUUCGCGUCAUUGAACUUGCGAAAAGAUCGGGAAUUGCAAUUGAUGGCAUUAGAGUCCGAAAAGCUCUUCAGCCCGGCCCAUGGCCGCAAUGUACACGGCGUUGAGGAAGCCGAGGCAGCGCUUGCCGGGGCAGUUGCUGCUGAACUUGAACGGCUGGUUCUCAUCGAGGAAGCAGGGGAGCAUGCUCGAAGCACCGCCGAAUUCCUUGCUGCGGUGUACAUGCGGUGCCCAAUAAUGGUCUCUCGCUUGAAUGCCGGGGGGCGUUCUUUCGGCGCGGCGUCAGUCAAUGCUCGUUGGAUGAUGGAGCACGAUGAUCACGACUUCGCGCAGAAAGCUUUCGGCUUACUUGCGUCUAGCGCCGUCGCCCGGGGCAUAACUGGUAAGAAUUUGGAUGGUUACCUGUGGACGUUUACCCGCCUGGACAGCUAUCAGGUGAAAUCGAGCACAAACGCCUUCGAGUAUUUGAAUCUGCACGCUCCGUCGCCUAGCCGAGUCGCUGCGUCCAUCUCACCGAACGAAGAUCCGAAAAUCCUCCAGAUGCGGCAAAAAGCACUUGAUGAUGCCUCUCUCAACAAUAAUGAUAAGAGCGGGACCGUGCUACCAACUGCAACUCCUAGCCACGGCAAUCCACGAGAUCUCGUCGUGGAAAUUCUUGCGCGCCAAGGUCUUUCGGGUUUGACCAGUCUCGUUCCGUUUCUUAGUUCUGGGGUCGUGUCUGAGUACGCAUUAGCAGACUUGUGCAAAGAGGCAGGCCAUCUCCUGGUGCUAAAUAACAUCGGCCGCCAUUCUACCUCAGCGCGCCCCAGUUCAGUAGCAGUUCGCAACAUCGCUGAGGCGAUCAACACCUGGACCUGUCCGUAUCCGCUUCCAAAAGCACUCCGCGACGACGAAGAGUUUGUCUGUGAUCUUCUGGGCGCAGGAUGGUUCGACGCCUUGCUUUUCGCCUCCGAUGCAGUGCGACGCCGCGACUCGGUUGUGCGAGUAGCCGUCGAGCAAUUCGGAUUCGAUGUUCUCUGGUAUGUCAGCGAGGAGUAUGCACAAAAAAAAGAAAUCAUAAUGGCAGCGGCACGGGCGGUGGAUACGCAUACGGCCUCUGCCACCAACUCCCCCCUCAGCAGAAGACACCAGUUUCAGCGCCCUAGAUGCUGGCUGUCAAUGCAUUUCUCCAACUUAGUAGAUCGCAGCGAUCUGCGCGCCGAUCCAGAUUUUUUCCCCAUCAUGGCGCGGAUCAUUCCAGUUGCGGAGAUGUGGGACGCGUUGCCGAAGAAGUUUAGAGACGACAACACCCUCGCGCUGAAGUUUGUCCGCGAGUGCGCUAGAGCGGGCGAGUUUCGCGAGGUUCUCGAUAUGUGGGUGCGUCUAAGCCGGGCCCAGCAAUCAGAUCCAGCCUUUCUUGCAGCAGUGGAGAGCAAUUUAUUUCCCAACACGCAGUUAAGCCAGCUUCCGUUCCAGUUUCUGGAUUGCCUCUUGCCCGAGCAGCGGGCGACCGCUGUAGCCAUUUUCUCCGCGUGUACUGUUAUCGGUCAACGCGAUGACAGCUGCUUUUCAUUCUGGAAAUUGCCUUCGUCUGCGCAGAGCGACGGAGACAUCUACCUUGCCGUUGCGCGACAACUGUUACGGUACUCUACGAGAACUGGGUUGAAAAAGGGAAGCCGCGUGCCGUGGGUGCUCCGAGAUAACCUCAUGUUCAUUCGUGCCCUCGCGGAGAUUGACAGUCAGGCAGCAGUUGCAAUCGCUAGCUCACGAGUGCUGGCCGACAGGGAGUUUGUUCUCGAAACAAUCAAGCGUGUAUCUACUACCACGAAAAUCGAGGAAAGUCGUCCCCCGAAUGAAAGUGGAGUUGUUGAUGAAGGGCUCAUGAUUGUUGCAAGUAAUCAUGAUGAGUCGUCGUUGUAUCCCCAAGUGCAGCCGAACCAUCCUCAGGGAGUGAUAAUAAAUUUGCUUGCUUGCACUUCACGGAAAAAUUGCCGAGACGAACAGCUGAUACGCGAAGCGGUGAUGCGAGACGGUGAAGCCAUUUCUGAAGCGUCUUGGGCACUCCGGAACUCGCCCGAGAUCGGACUUCUGGCGGUGAAACAGAAUGGCUUGGCGCUCCGGUACUUGUCUUGUGAGCUCGCCAAGAGCCAGAAAAUUUGUCUUGCUGCUGUGCAGAACAAUGGGCUAGCACUUCAGUACUGCAGCAUGGAGAUUAGGAGCUCGAGUCCUGAGAUUGUUCGGGCGGCCGUGGACCAGAAUGCAGCGGCGUGGCGGUUCGUUCGGGGCGAAAAGUUGCUGUCAGAUUCGAACCUGUUCCGUGUGGCGUGCUCGGGACACACCCCCUUUUUUUGUUUCUCUGUAGGGUUCAUGGAGCGAGACCCGGACUUUUUCACAAGCAUGCUAACGGGUGAAAAGGGCAAUGUAUUGCUUUUGGCUUUUUGUAACCUCACUACGGAUCCGCUGAUUUACGACAGGGAGGCAAUGCGCAAAAUUGUGCGUAAAAACGGGAUGGCGCUGGCAUUCACUCCGUUGAGGUCUGACGCCGCAUUAGCCAUGUUGGCUGUGCGCAAUACGGGCGUUGCUUUGCGAUAUGUCGCCCCUUCGUUGCUUGCUGGGGACAAUGGAAAAGCCAUCGUGCUUGCGGCACUACGAUCCGAGAAAAGUAGUUGCUGCGCAGAGGUUUUGGAAGCGGUCCCGCCACGGUUAUUAGCAUCUGACCCGGAAGUCCAGGAAGCCGCUUCGUGCGUAAAAAAAGCGAUGGAAAAGGCGCAGCAGGCUCGGCGCGAGGCGAGCGGGUUCGGGGAUAUCUGGGACAGCAAGCCAAGGAAACUAGACUUCACUGCCGAUGACUUUGCUCAUCUCGCCACGGCAGUUUCCUCUUCAACGGACGAGGAGAUGGUGAUGGCUGAAUAGAAGCAAGAAGCGCACCGGCGAGCUACCUAGUAGAGCGAGGGUCGCGAUUUUGCUGCGUUCCGAAUCUGAAUCCUCGGAUCGAAAAGUGCAUCGAGAUCAAAUAAAAAGUGACAGCGAGCGCACUCGCCUCACGGUCAUGAGACA